GACAACCUCUCUCUCAGUGCAGUUUAACCUGCCCUCUGGUGCACAACCUCCUUUGUUUUAUUUUUUAACCGUUUCGUUAUCCUCACACGCCACCGCUGCUGGUGGCCACUUCAAUUUAUCGUCGGAUCUCCGACCAUAUUUAUCCUUCACUCCCUUCCCUCUCCUCCUCGCUCUUUUCGUCUUUUCCUUAAAAAAUCCCAAAGGAAAAUAUCCUCUGUAGCUAUCGGCUUUGUGCCUUUUUUACUCAUCUCCUUCACUGCGUUGAGUUACGCAGGUGUCUGUUCUUCCUAGGGUGCGUUUUGUUUUGAAUAACUAGAGGAGAGGGAAGAGAACCAUAGAAAAAAAAAAGGCAAAAAAGGGAAAACUGAAAAAUUUUUGGGGAAAAAAAGAAAGAAUUUAGCAAGUCCAUCGGUCUAGUUGUUGUCGGUUGACAUGGCUCAGGUUCAGAUUCCACCUCAAAAUGUGAUACCAGGAGCUAACGGUGCUCCAGCAACUGGCGGGGCAAACCAGUUCGUGACGACGUCGCUUUAUGUUGGAGAUCUUGAUGUGAACGUUACAGAAUCGCAUCUCUACGAUCUGUUUAACCAAGCUGGUCAGGUUGUCUCCGUUAGGGUUUGUAGGGAUUUGACCAGCCGGCGAUCACUUGGUUAUGGAUAUGUCAAUUUUAGCACGGCGCCAGAAGCUGCCAGAGCAAUGGAUUUGCUGAACUUCACUCCUCUUAAUAACAAGCCCAUCCGUAUUAUGUAUUCACAUCGUGAUCCUAGUAUUCGAAGAAGUGGGGCUGGAAAUAUAUUUAUUAAGAAUCUGGACAAGGCAAUUGACCACAAAGCGUUGCAUGAUACCUUUUCUGCAUUUGGGAAUAUCCUUUCUUGCAAAGUAGCUACAGAUUCAUCUGGCCAGUCAAAGGGCUAUGGUUUUGUGCAAUUUGAUAGUGAGGAAUCUGCUCAAAAGGCCAUAGAGAAGCUGAAUGGUAUGCUGUUGAAUGACAAGCAGGUGUAUGUAGGACCCUUUCUCCGUAAGCAAGAGAGAGAAAGUGUUGUUGACAAAACAAAAUUUAACAACGUUUUUGUAAAGAAUUUAUCUGAGACAACCACUGAUGAAGAUUUAAAGAGAAUUUUUGGUGAAUUUGGAACAAUUACAAGUGCUGUAGUUAUGAGAGAUGCAGAUGGAAAAUCUAAGUGCUUUGGUUUUGUGAACUUUGAGAAUGCUGCUGCUGCUGCUAGGGCUGUUGAUUCUCUUAAUGGGAAGAAAAUUGAUGACAAGGAAUGGUAUGUUGGAAAAGCUCAAAAGAAAUCUGAAAGGGAGCUUGAAUUGAAACUUCAAUUUGAACAGGCCAUGAAAGAAGCCGCUGAUAAAUAUCAAGGGGCUAACUUGUAUGUUAAAAAUUUGGAUGAUAGCAUUGGCGAUGAUAAACUUAGGGAGCUCUUCUCUCCAUUUGGUAACAUUACCUCAUGCAAGGUUAUGAGAGACCCCAAUGGGAUAAGCCGGGGAUCAGGGUUUGUUGCUUUCACGACUCCUGAAGAGGCUUCAAGAGCUCUUUUGGAGAUGAAUGGUAAAAUGGUUGUAAGCAAACCUCUAUAUGUUGCUUUAGCUCAACGUAAAGAAGAUAGAAGAGCUAGACUGCAGGCUCAAUUUGCACAAAUGAGGCCUGUUGCAAUGGCACCAUCUGUAGCUCCCCGUGUCCCAAUGUACCCCCCUGGUGGUCCAGGUAUUGGGCAACAAAUAUUUUAUGGUCAAGGCCCUCCUGCUAUCAUUCCUUCCCAGCCUGGAUUUGGGUAUCAACAACAACUUGUACCUGGAAUGAGGCCUGGAGGUGGUCCUAUGCCAAAUUUCUUUGUGCCAAUGGUUCAGCAAGGACAGCAGAGCCAGCGUCCAGGUGGAAGACGUGCAGGGGCAGUCCAGCAGAGCCAGCAGCCAGUUCCACUGAUGCAGCAGCAGAUGCUUCCAAGGGGGCGUGUGUACCGAUAUCCUCCUGGCAGGGGUCUGCCUGAUGCUCCUAUGCCAGGUGUUGCUGGAGGCAUGUUUUCUGUCCCAUAUGAUGUUGGUGGAAUGCCGAUUCGUGAUGCCACACUGCCCCAGCAAAUACCUAUGGGGGUUAUGGCUUCUGCCCUGGCAAAUGCUACCCCAGAGCAGCAGAGAACGAUGCUGGGUGAGAGCCUUUACCCUCUUGUGGAACAGUUGGAGCCUGAUAAUGCAGCAAAAGUGACAGGCAUGCUUCUGGAGAUGGAUCAGCCUGAGGUUCUGCACUUGCUUGAAUCACCCGAGGCUCUGAAAUCAAAGGUGGCUGAGGCAAUGGAUGUUCUGAGGAAUGUUGCUCAGCAGCAGCAAGCUGGUGGAGCUGCGGAUCAAUUGGCGUCACUAUCACUUAAUGACAAUCUUGUUUCUUGAGAGUUUCAUGUUUUGGCACUAAACUAGCGACGGUUGGAUUGUUGUUGUAGGCUUGGCGUUGACUCAGUUUUCAGGUUGAGUUUGUGCACCGCAGUAGGUGCUGCUAGCUUUUGGUCUCUUAUCAUUCAUCAUCCCCUUCGAUUGGAGGAUCCCUGUCAACGAUUUCAUUUAUGCUUUUCAUAAUUUGAUGCCUUGUUGCUUGGAUUGCCGUUUGAUGGGCAUCAAGUUAAUAAUUUUGGUGAGUUCAAGCUGUGAAGAUAGGAACGUAGCGGCCAUCAAAACACAAACAUCUCACUUUUCUCAACAACUCGAUUGCUAAGUUGUCUAGAUAUGGUUGGGGAAAUUUCGGGAUGGAUUUGUAGUCUCAAUUUCAAAAUCACUUACCAUUUAUUGAAUGUUUUCCGGGUACUGUGUAA